AUGGUGGAACAUGCUCUAAAACAGAAACUACACUGGUUCCCUACCCUCACAAAUAAAGAUCAUGCCAAAUUGUAUGAUCUCGUGGACAUUCUCACCGAAAUUGAAUCGGCGAUGACUAAUCCAAAAUACGAAAUUUGUCUGAGCUACUUCAAUUCAUCUACUGGAGUACUACCCAUAGUUGCCAAACUACCCAUAUCUCUACAAGACAAGUGGACCUCUCAAGCAGCUGGAUAUAAAAAACGGAAUGAUGUAGCAUUCCCUCCAUUUUCCUUUUUUGUCGAGUUCAUCCGUGAAAUGUGUGAAAUCCGUAACGAUCCUGGACUUGUAUGUAAACCGUCCACAAACACAAACAUGGCAUACAACAAACCUAGACCUACUGGCGCAGUCACUUCUCGUAAAGUUGAAAUUGUAUCAUCAACUCCGUCAACACGUUGUCCCAUACACAGUGCUGGACAUUCUUUGAACGAAUGCCGUGGCUUCAAAAGAAAAUCACUACGUGAGCGUCAAAACAUUCUACGUGAUAAGAAAUUAUGUUUCCGAUGUUGUGCCUCACAAAGUCAUGUGUCCAAAAAUUGUACAGCGGACAUUAAAUGUGAUAUUUGUGGUAAUCCUUAUCAUGUCACAGCGAUGCACAUUGAUCGUCGUCCUUCAAAACCCGAAUCCCCUACACCAGUCUCAACAGUGAAAACUGCCUUAAGCAAUGGCGGGGAGUAUGAAGAAGGAAAACAUGGGAGUCGUUCAUGCGGGAAGAUCGUUUUAGUGGACGUGUUUUGUCAAUCAAACCCUGCGAAAGUUAUCCGUGUUUAUGCGACAAUCGAUGACCAGAGCAACCGGACGCUGGUGUCCCCUUAUCUGAUAGAUCGACUCGGAGUUACAGGAGAAUAUAAACCCUACACUCUUACGUCAUGCUCCGGUGUAACGACAGUCGCUGGACGCCGUGUGAACGGAUUAUGUGUCAAAGCCUUGGAUGGUACAACUACAUUCAACUUACCGGAAGUCAUUGAAUGUGAUUCUAUUCCUAGUGAACAUCUUGAAAUAUCUACUCCCAAAGUCGCUCAAUCACAACCGCAUCUACAAUGCAUUGCACCUUUCAUACCACCCCUAGAUCGCAAUGUGAAUGUUGAACUGCUCAUAGGACGUGACUUACCUGAUGUACAUCAUGUGCGCGACCACAUUACUGGCAGCCAAGGUAAACCCUUUGCUCAACGUCUUCCACUAGGAUGGGUCGUCAUCGGUGAAAUUUGUAUUAGUAAAGUUCAUCCUCCAAAGGAAGUGAAUGUUAACAAAACGCAUAUUCUUAAUGACGGAAGGUGCACCACCUUUCCAGUGUGUCACAACAAUAUCAAUGUCAAGGACAAUGAUGAUGACAUAUUCAUACGAACACCAUUUGACAACAAGAUUAGACCUUCUGUUGAGGACCGCAAGUUUGUAGCUCUUAUGGACGCAGAGUUCCACAAAGACACUGAUGGUUUUUGGUCCGCACCAUUACCUUUCAAGGAGUCAAAACCAGUGAUACCUAACAAUUAUUCACAGGCCUGGAAACGUGCUUUAAUCCUCAACACAAGUUUAAAGAAAGAUCAUCACAAACGACAACACUUCUUUUCAUUCAUGUCAAAAGUCUUAGCUAGUGGGGCAGCAGAAGUUGCUCCUUCCGACAUACCUGGGCAAUGCUGGUAUUUACCCCUUUUUGGGGUGUACAAUUCGAUAAAACCGGAUCAAAUCCGAGGAGUAUUCGACUCGUCGGCUGUGUUUCAAGACGUUCCAUUGAACAGUGUGUUAAUGUCUGGACCAGACUUAACAAACAACCUUGUUGGAAUCCUCAUGCGUUUCCGUGAAAAUGCAAUUGCUAUCAGUGGUGACAUUCAGCAAAUGUCUUAUGCAUUUCGUGUUCAUGAGGAUCAUCGUGAUUACCUCAGAUUCUUUUGGUACGAGGAUAGCAACUUUGAAAAACCUUUAAUACAAUACCGAAUGAAAACUCACGUUUUCGGUAACACACCAUCUCCAGCUGUUGCCACCUAUCGACCUCGAAAAGCAUCAUCUGUUGGUGACGAUGAUGUUCGUAAAUUUGUUUACAACACCUUUUACGUCAAUGAUGGACUGACGUCGCUUGCUACAGAAUCAGAAGCGAAGCAAUUAACCUGA